AUGGCGGCACUGCAGAACUCGCACUACUCGUUCGGGCGCCCUUUCGUUGACAAACCCAGUUUCGAGGGGCUGCCGUCGACAGCAAUCGGUUUAGCUCAAACCUCGUUGCUAGCUGCGGACCGUGCUGCGGUCGACUGGGAGCGGGUGGAACUGCUGUUUGAGAGAAACUGGACACCCCGAUUUCAGCCCUCUCCAAACGCGCAGUCCGCAAUCCUGUCCACGCAAAAUGCGAGCAGAGGCCAGGCCCCGCUAUACGGCGCAGCGGCUGCUCCAUUGCCCGAGCCCGCCUUCGUUUCCAGCGCCAUUCAGGAUUCCUCUCCACCGAAGGCGUUGCCCGUGCCAAAGCGACUAGCCAGUUACGCCAAAGAAGAUGGCGACGAUGGCCCUCUACCGCCUGUAGUAGCUAGAGACCCUCCAUCAGCGGCAACUGUUCCGAGACCGGCCGAGCCGUUGCCAGCGCAGCCAACCCUGCCGGGCCGUGUCACACCCGAUAACCCCCCCCACGAGGCCCUUAGACCCCAGCUGGGAACCUGGGCUGACCGGCAGUACCGGCUGUUGGACCCGGUUCCGGAGCGCAACGAGUUUGGCCCGGGCAGUACUUCGGGGAACUCAGGCCCCUCCUCUAGCCACAACAACAACUCUGUGCCGCCUGUUGGGCUAGCCCGGAACGGGCAUGGCGGCAGCGGGGGUGUUGGCAGCGGUAGCGGUGGCUGCGGCAGCGGCAGCGGCAGCGGGGAUUACAGCGGCGGCGGUGGCAGCAGCAGCAGCAUCUACACCUCCAUCUUAGCAGUGCCUACUGGGAGCUCCGUCGUAGCUCCUGACCCACUUCAAAAACAAAAGCAGCACCACGAAAAGCAGCAAAACUAUCAGCACCACGAUGACUCGGUGCUGGGGCAUACGAUGAUACACGGGCGGGCACAUGUAGGGCCCCACGUACAAAACGGGGUCCCACAACUGGCAGCAGCAGCCGUUCAUAACGGCGCCGACGGCACCAUGGCGCAGCAGCAAAGAGUCCAACCCAUUGAGGAAGCCGCCGAGCGCCAGAUGGACGCGGAGGCGAUGAUUCAGGAAGCCGCCUGGCGCUGGCGUUUUACUCGACGAUGGCAGGCGGAGCAGGCGCGCACUGGCCCUGAGCAGGCCUCCGCCUCCGCGCCGCGCGACCAAAUGGAGGAGGCCCUGGCGUACCUGCAAGCCACCAACGGCACCACCAGCGUCUCCAUGCAGAUUGCUAACGUCAGCAGCCGAGGCGGCGGUAGCCAUGGCAGCGGCAGCCGCGGCGGCGGCGGCAUGUCGAUGGACGGAAGCUUGAUGCUGACGGGCAUGCCGGGAACCCUUGGAGGCGCUGCGAGUACGUUGGGCGGGGAUUGGCCGCUGGCUGCUUGCGGCAGCGGCAGCGGCAGCUUCACGUCGGGACCGCGUAUCCUGGCGCGGCAGGUUAGCGGGGAGCUCCUGGCGGCUAGCCGUGAGGUGGCGUCGCUGAACAGGCGCGCAGCGGCAGUGCUGCAGCAACAGCUGGAUUGCGAGCUGCAGGCGGAUCGCAGGGUCCAGGAGUCGCUGGGACAGGGUCCGCCCUGGUUGGGUCAUUUCAUCCCCCUCGUUCAGAUAGACGAGUGGGGCUCCUUCAGGUUCCUGAUGCUGAAGCUGCGUGACCAGUCGGCACGGGGAGGCGGGGCACCCGGCAGUGAGCGACAGCGCAUCCUCAUUCGGGGGCAUAACUACGGCACCGAGGGGCAGCUGAUGGAGGAAUGCAACCGUGAGAUCUUGUCUCUUGCCCACAAGCAUGCGGUGCCCUUCGAGGCGCCGACCUGCAUGGGCGGCGGAGUCAUGGAGUGGCGCCGCGACCGUGACCGCCACCUGCACCUUCACUCGGGCUUUGUGAUGGAUCACACGCUGCCGAUGGCGACCGGAGGGGGGGGCCUUAUGCCGGCCAACGGCAGCCGACCCGCCUCCGCCAUUGAUCUACUCAACCUGGCGGCUGCCCUGGCGCGACAAAGCUUCCCUCCUACGUACAAGAUAACUGUUCUGACGUAG